ACCGCAAUAAAAUAAGACGAAGAAGAACCCUGGACCUAGCUGGCUAGUUCUCUACUAGCGUCUGUUUUUGUAGUAUCGCUGCGUGUGAAAAUACAUAAAAUAUUUUUUUUAAUAUGCGCUGUGGUGAUGCUGACACUCGGAGAUACAGAAAAAUGUAGCCUGUGAUGGGAGGGCGUUCUAGUUGGCUGUUCUACAAACGCAGAUGUGUGUGCAUGUCCCUCCCUUCAGACGGUGAAAGCCUGAUUCAAUGGCGGAAAAUCCUUCAACAAAAGUUGCCAUUCCAGCCUUGGCAAAGACUGCCUACACUGCAAAGCAAGCCAAGAGAAGGAAGACGGUCUCACUGAAAAGAGAAGCUAAAAGAGAGUCUGACAAUAAACGCAAUAAAACACGUAUCAACAUCGGAGAAGCCUUUCAGAGAUGGAGAGAUCUCCGUGAUUGCAUCGGUCUUAAGUUGGAUUCUGAGCUCGCCAUUCUUCUCCUGGACAGUUAUGAGAAGAUUAGGGAUAUGUCUACCCCGCAGAAGGUCAGACAGGUAGCCAGACUACCAGACUCAGCAGCAUCUUGCAUUUCUGCUGGAUCUCUCUCUGACCGAGAUGAUGAAUUCUCUGUUACACUUGAUGAAGAUCUGGAUUCCAACAGCAAUGAAGAUUCAGCACUUGAUGCAAGCAAUGACUGGCCAGAGGACACCUUGUCCCCCACUGAAGAGGCAGAAUCUGACUCGUCUUUGGAGGAGGACUGGGAAGUCGACAGUGAGGACAGUGCUGACGACUGCACCACCCCUUUGUGUGUUCGAACUCGUGGUGCUCUUCGCUCUAGCGUUUCCUUGGAUGUUCUUCCACAUGUCAGUGCGGAGGACACUGUGCGUGAUGCCUCAGAUGUGGGUCCAACUGGCACAGAUGCACCUGAGGCACUUGAGAUGCCUGAGAAGCUCGAGGCCCUGAAUGAAAACGAGGUCAUUGGCCAAUCAGCCUCUAUUGCCAAUCAUAUGAACUUCAAGCUGCUGGCUGAGAUGCUUCCCAUCCCCAUAUGCACUCCCAAGGACCCUGUUACCUCUGCUGAGUGCCAAGCACCUGGACCACGCCAGGACCAGCUGAAAGAAGAGGACGAUAUGCACGAAUGGUUAGCUGAAGACAAGGAAACUGCAGAAGCUCCGGGUGCAGUGGAGACGGGCAGUGCUCCUAUCAGCUCAGAUACUUUGCUUUUGGAGCGAAAGUCUGCUGAAGAAAUUGUAAGAGGGCCAGAACCUGAACACAGCAGCUCCCAUGAACAGUCUCAGAAAAAGCCAUCUGAGGGGCCAAAACAAUGCCAGGGGCCUCGCAGACUAAAGAAGACCUACGACUGUCCGACCUGCAGGAAAGGUUUCUCCCACAACGCCGAUCUGAAGCGACACCUUGUGAUUCACUCAGGAAAAAGACCAUACAAGUGCUUCAUAUGUGGACGAGGAUUCACGCAGAGUGGAAAUCUUAAAACACACAUGAAAGUUCACAAAGAAGAGUUACCAGUUUGGACAUUAGUUAAAGAGAAGAGUCCCCCUAAAGAAUCUCCUGUAACAGUUAAUGUGUGUGGAGAGUGCGGCAUGGACUUCCCUCAGAAACAACAGCUGGAGGAACACCGCCAGAGCCACAAAAAGCCUUACGCCUGUCCUGUAUGUGGCAAGACAUUCAAACAUGAAAAUUAUUUAAAGAUACAUCACCGCAUCCAUUCAGGAGAUUCACCUUUCCUGUGUUCAGAGUGCGGAAAGAGUUGUGUCACAGCGGGUGCGCUCAAACAACACGAGUGGACACACACUGGAGAAAAGAAUUACCACUGUGAUCAGUGUGGAAAGGCAUUUUCACAGUCCUCCCACCUUAAGGUGCACCUCAAGACUCACACCGGAGAGCGGCCUCACCUCUGCUCAAUCUGCGGUAAAAGUUACUCCAAGGCAUGCGGUCUGAAAGUUCACCUGCGAGUUCACACCGGAGAGAAACCAUAUAAUUGUGAGAAAUGUGGCAAGUGCUUCUAUUACUUGCAAAAUUAUCAAAAGCAUCUAAAGAUUCACAACAAAAAGCCAAAACCUCCAACAAAACCGUUGGGGAGACCAAAACAACAGCUGUUAGAUGCAAAUGAUCAAUAAUGUCACCUGGGACUUCAUCACAGUCUGAGAAGAUACUGGAAAAGUAAAUAUAUUAGUUUUAUUUGUUUGCCCAUCUGUUACUAUGUGAAAUAAAACAUCUGUCAAGGGACUCAAGUGAUUGCUUAAGCAAUAUGAUAGUUAUCACAUGUAGAUGGUGGCAAAUAAAUCAAGAUAUUGUAAAUGAUUUUUACCAUGGACAUGUUUUCGGUUUAAUUUAUUUGCUUGUUUGUCAGCAGGAUUAUGGUACAUGCACAGCAGAUGGUAACUAAAACAUCCAACGUUCUGUUACAAAUUAACUGGAUCAGGAGCACAUUAAAGAGAGCUGUCCUGCGGCCCUCCUGGCUUUCUGGGACUUCCUCUGUAUCAUCAUCAUCCUCUGAACUCGGACUCACUACACCCCCAACACAUCACAGAACAUGGACCUGAGCAAGAAAAGUGCACGUGCAAAUCACCAUAAAAAAGACAAGCCUGAAACACAGGACCAGGAUCGAAGUACAGAACCUGUAGGAGAAACUUUAAUAAAACCAGAACCUGAACACAGAAGCUCUCAUGAACAGCCUCAGGAAAAUAAGUCAGAGGAGCCAAAACAAUGCCAGGAGCCUCGCAGACCCAAGAAGACCCACGACUGUCCGACCUGCGGGAAAGGUUUCUCCCACAACGCUGCUUUGAAACGACACCUUGUGAUUCACUCAGGGAAAAGACCUUACAAGUGCUUCAUAUGUGGACGAGGAUUCACGCAGGAUGGAAACCUCAAAACACACAUGAAAGUUCACAAAGGAGAGUUGCCAGUUUGGACAUUAGUUCAAGAGAAGAGUCCCUCUAAAGAAUCUCCUGCAACAGUUCACGUGUGUGGAGAGUGCGGCAUGGACUUCCCUCAGAAACAACAGCUGGAGGAACACCGUGACAGUCACAAAAAGCCUUACGCCUGUCCUGACUGUGGCAAGACAUUCAAACAUGAAAAUUAUUUUAAAAUUCAUCAGCGCAUUCACUCCGGAGAUUCACCUUUCAUUUGUUCAGAGUGCGGAAAGAGCUUUCUCACAGCAGGCUCGCUUAAAAAACACGAGAUGACGCACACUGGACAGAAGAAUUUCCACUGCGAUCAGUGCGGUAAGGGGUUUUCACAGUCCUCCAACUUCAAGGGGCAUCUCAAGACUCACACCGGAGAGCGGCCUCACCUCUGCUCAAUCUGUGGCAAAAGUUACUCCAGAGCGUCUGUUCUGAAAGUUCACCUGCGAGUUCACACCGGAGAGAAACCGUACGCUUGUGAGAAAUGUGGCAAGUGCUUCUAUUACUAUCAAGGUUAUCGGACACAUCUGAAGAUUCACGACAAGAAACCAAAACCUCCAACAAAACCGCUCGGGAGACCAAAACAACAGCUGUUAGAUGCAAAUGAUCAAUAAUGUCACAUGUUACAAUAAUCUGUGAGGAUAUAGUAAAUAUAUUAUGGUUUGCCCUUCUGAAUGAAAUAAAAUAUCUUUUAUGUUGCUAAAGUGACGAUGUGAUAAUAAUCACAUGUGGUAUACAGUGUACAGUCGGCUCCUUUUGUGAUGUUCAUGUAUUGUACUAUAUUAGCACCUAAGGGAAUAAAUCACAACAUUUGACUCAUAAAUUAU